GACGUAAAACGAGGAAGCGACAAUAAGUUUUUUAUGAAGUUUUGUUUUGUUUGUAAACAUACUCGCGGAACCUGCGAAAUGAGUCGUAUAUAUGACAACACAGCGUUACAAAAUAAACCCGUUCACAACGAGAAACUGUCUUUUUCAUGGGAGCCAUCUAUUUAUCAGAGUGGCCCUGGAGUGAUUUUAGAGGGAACGCUGUAUGAUGUGUCACGCCAUGCCCUUUCAGACAUCAAUAAUAAAAAGGUGCGUUAUAACAUCCUGUAUAUCAAUCCAAGUCGAAUCCACUACAGAAAAUAUGACUCCAAGGGCAAUGAGAUAGAGCCCAACUUCAGUGAAUCCAGGAAGGUCAACACCGGUUAUCUUAUGUCAUCCUACAAACUCGAAGCCAAAGGUGAAUCAGAUCAUCUUACCAAGGAGCAGCUGAAGGGCAUAGUGAACAAAAAGGAACUGCUUACUAUCACACAGAAGCAUUGUCCCAACCAAGCCUUAGCCUUUUGGAUCUUAGAGGCUGAACUGGAGAAGACAGAGCUGGAAAUAGGACAGGAUAUCCGUAUAAAGACUAAAGGAGAUGGUCCCUUUAUCUUUUCCUUUGCCAAAUUGGAUGCUGGCACUGUCACGAAGCACAACUUUGCAGGAGAUGAGGCAGCUGGGGAAUCAUGGACAGAAAAAAUAAUGUCAAACAAAGCAGAUGCGCCAAGUAAAGUGAAGCCAGCCGCACUGGGUGAAGGGGCUGAGGAGGAUGAGUGGGAUGACUGACCAGUACAUCAAAUUCAUGGAUGAAAAUUGUAAAGCAUUUUCUCACCAAGACAUACUUCAUACCCAGAUGUACUUCAUACAGUAAACUCAGAUAUGUUUAUAUAAACAUUUUUAUGUAAAGAACUAAUAAAUGACAUUUUAUUAAUAAUUGA